UGCUGAAAGCCCGGGCGGAGGCGGUUGACCAGAACCGAGCUUUUAUUCGGGGACAGAACCGAACUUUCCUUUGGAUCAACCUCAGAACUUUAAACGGCGCUGAAGUUAGCUUCCGGUUCGGUGGUUCACUGGUUUAAUGAAUCGGGUCUAUUUUGGAUUAUCUAGAGUUUAAAACCGAACCGAAUCUGAACCGAACUUUUCUACCGGUCCUUCAGAUUCAUGAAAACAUGUUUAUGGUUUUAAACGGUUUCAUUUUUCUGGACAGACAUUAAAUGAGCAUAAACGGAGCUGAGUUUGAAAACAAACCGGUCGAACUGGACCGGUCGAACUGGACCGGUCGGUCCCGUCCCAGUUCAACUUGGUGUUGAUCUGCAUUGAUUCUGCUGCAGUUUAUGAAUGAAGAACAACUGGUUGGUUCUGAAAGACAAAAACCAGAACCAACCGGUUUGUUUGGUGCCAUUACGUCCGGGUUGGACCUGCAGUGGGUCCAGAGCAGCAGUUCUGGUUCUGAUCCAAUCUGGACCUCUGAUGAUGACACAAAAAUACCCAGAAUUUUACUGCUAUCAUGUAAUCCAGGUUCUGCCCGACCCGGUCCAAACCCUCAGAUGGUCAGAACCGUCUUCAGGUUCUGCCUGACCCGGUCCAAACCCUCAGAUGGUCGGAACCGUCUCCAGGUUCUGCCUGACCCGGUCCAAACCCUCAGAUGGUCGGAACCGUCUUCAGGUUCUGCCUGACCCGGUCCAAACCCUCAGAUGGUCAGAACCGUCUCCAGGUUCUGCCUGACCCGGUCCAAACCCUUGGCAGAAACAUAAAGUAAUGAGUAAUAAACAACAGACGUCAUAGUAAAGAAAAAGUUUUUAUUCUUAAAAUCUUAUUUUAAAACUUUCUUAAAAACAGGGAAUGGCCCUUUACCUCUGAAUCACAACCUGACUUCAGCGUUCGGGGCGCUGAAGUUGGCUUCAGAUCCGGAAAUUCAAUUAAGCCUUUUUUCUCCCCAAACACAAAAAAAGUGACUUUAAUAACUUUACACGUUUGGUUGUAUUUAAACUUCUGGUUUGAUUAUUUCUGGAUUCUUUUUCUGGCUGCUGAUGACAGCUGACGGAGAGACAGGAAAUGACAUCAUCACUGAUCAUAGUUUGCAUCAUUUUCACAAGUAAAAACCUUAAAAAUAAAAAUGUUUUAAAUAGCUAUUUAUUAUGGUGGUGGCAGCAUCAUACUGUGGGAAGAUGGGCAGAGGUAAUUAAGACACUCAGCUGAGACGGAGGUCAAAGUUCAUCUUACAGCAGCCAGAAAUAUGGUUCAGUUCAGAGCUGAUUCAUGGGUUGGAACGGCCUAGUCAAAGUCCAGACCUGAAUGCAUUGGAAUCUGUGGGAAGACUGACAGGAGGCUAUAACAACACUCCACACUUUUCAGAUUCAGCACUGGUUAGUGAUGAAUAUUAAAGCCACGAUCCUCCUCUUCCUCACGAUGAAGGUCGACUCGCUGGGCUCCGAGGUCUGGCUUCCUGUGCGAGGUCACGACCCCGCUCGGUUCCAGUUCUGGUUCUGAUGUUCUUCUCGUCCCUCAGAGAUGCGCGGUGUGGACCUGGUCCAGGCGUACGACCGGGUUCUGGAGCAGCAGAUCCUGGGUCGGGGGUCGUGCCGGGCCUGUCAGGACGAGGCGUUGAGGUCAGAGGUCGAGGGCCUCCUGGCGACCUCCGACCCCCGGGAGCUGCACGGCCUGGGCCUGGAGCCGCUGCGGCUGAUGGAAGAGGUUCUGGAGGCCCGGCCCGGUUCGGGUCUGCGCGGCCUGGCCCGGACCUUCGAGGUUCUGGAGCAGGCGGCGCUGAACCUGUACCUGGGCCCCUGGAGGGAGGAGUACCGGGUGAUCAAGAUGUACUCCGGUACCUUCACCCACUGCGUCGCUCCGGUACUUUCGGCGCCGCAGACAGAGGAGGUGUUCGGCCUGCUGGGGUACCGGCCCGGCCCGGCCCAGACCCGGUUGCUGCGCCUGCAGCCCUCCGGCGGCCCGGUGGCGCCGCGGGAGCUGCUGCGUCUGGCCUGCGCCUUCUUCCUGGCCCGCUGCGAGUGUCGCCUCCUGCUGGCCGCCCUGGGGAAGCGUGGCGGCGCCCGCCGGGAGCUCGGCGUGGUGCGGGAGCGGCGACGAGGCCAGCGGCUGCAGGUUGCCGUCGACAACGCUGAGCGGCUGCUGUCCGUCCCGCAGGACGCAGAGGGACAGCUGGACCUGUACCGGGAGGACAGCACGGCGCCCCCUGGUGGCCAGCGGCGCAGUAACGGGCCGGUGGCGGCGCCCCGCAGCAGGCUUGGUCCGGUCGUCUCGCCGCCGCUGGAGGCGGACAGAGGGCGACCCCAUGACCUCUGCGGCUGUCUCAGUGCGCCUCCGCUCGGUCUGCAGCGCUGCCUGGACUGCGGUGUCCUCCAUGACGUCACUUGCGUCCGCUUGACCGACUGCAGACUGCAGCGCCACCAGGUGGAGCCGGCGAGCGGCGUCCCAGAGACGGGGCCGGAGACAGGGGAGGAGCGUCCCCGAGACGCCGUCCCCGAGGACACGGCCGCCCUUCAGCCAAUCAGCUACCACUGCGAAGCGGCCAGCGCCAACCCCCACCUACUGUGCCUCACCUGCAGAGCCGUUCACGGCAGCGCCUGCGUGGAGGGCAGGCUGUGCCGCUCGGCCCACCGGACCCGCCGCCUGGGGACGUGUUCCUGCGGGAAGUCCUGCUGCGGGACGCCGCGCGUCCUGUGCCUCUACUGCGGCGACGAGUUCUGCAGGGACUGCUGGUACAAGAACCCGCUGACCUGCGUCUGUGGACGCAGCUUCCACCUGUCCACCGACCUGUCCAGCUCCGUCUGAGGACCUCCGGCUCAAUGAGCCGAACCUCGGUGCCUGAGAGAGCAACACGUUGCUGUGACUCUUACCUGCAGGUUGCCAGGUCUCCGUUGUGGAUCCUGUUCUGUCGUCCCUGCAGUAAAAUGUUCGUCUGUCUGGUUUUAUCAUAAAGACCUUUUUAUCCUUC